AUGAGAAAAUAACAAGUCAGGAACCCACCCGCAAAUGAUCAAGUGCCACGUAAGAAGAGUAAGAUUCCGACUUGGUGGCUAUUAAAAAUAGGUAGGGCUUUAUUUUGAGUUUGCGCUCCCAACUCCACUCCUUUCUCCGCCUGGGUCUGCCUUCAUCUUAGCUUGUAAACCUCAUCUUCAUGAAUCCAAGAAGUACUGUGGCAUUCACUGUUUCCUGCAAAUCGGGAAACAAGAACGGUUUCUUUUUCUGGAUUUUGGUUUGCUUACCACUCUGUUUCCUUGGAAUUCCCUCUGCAUUUGACAACUUCCUAUUAUUUAAGCCUGUUGUCAGGUGUCCUUCAACACCACUUUGCUUCUCUCUUUCUUCUCUAUAGAUUCAUCUAUAUUGGUGAAGUUUUCUCUUCUUCCUGAUCGACUCUACUCUCCCCACAAUUGAUUUUGUAUAAGCAACAUGGUUUCUUCUCAAUUAUCUAGCUUGGUUGAGAAUCACAAAAGGAAGCCCGUGCAGAACCAGUUGCUUCUUCCAACUGGCCCACCUGAUGCCCUUCCUGCUGAAUGUGUUGAGUUUGAUUUUAAUGAUGUUUUUGGCCCUGCUUCAGUGCAAUCAUCAAUUGAAUUUAAUAAUGAUAUGUCUAACGCUAACGAAUUAUUAAAUGAUGACCCAGUGGUCAUCCACAGUCGUUCACAUUCUUUGGUUGGCCCUUCCAGCUAUGUUAGUCAAUCAGUAAAACUUUGCAAGCUGACCUUGCAUGAGACAGAGGAUUCCUUGGAACUUAAGGAGGGAAUCAACGAAGAUACACACAAAGAAAUGGGCCAUGCAUCUGCUGAUUGUGUUGUUCUAGAGAAACAGGCUUGCCACAUAGAUAAUCUUCCUUCUGAAAACCAGUGUGUUGGACUUGAAGAUUUUGAAGUCUUAAAGGUUGUUGGCCAAGGUGCUUUUGCUAAAGUGUAUCAGGUUAGAAGGAUUGGUACUUCAGAGAUUUAUGCAAUGAAGGUCAUGCGCAAAGACAAGAUUGUGGAGAAAAAUCAUGCUGAGUACAUGAAAUCUGAGCGGAACAUAUUAACAAAAGUGGAUCACCCCUUCGUUGUCCAGCUCAGAUACUCAUUCCAAACCAAAUACAGGCUAUACCUUGUACUUGAUUUUGUCAAUGGUGGUCACCUUUUCUUUCAACUAUAUCACCAAGGCUUGUUCAGAGAGGAUUUGGCUCGGAUAUACACCGCGGAGAUUGUUUCUGCCGUUUCUCAUCUCCAUGCAAUUGGCAUAAUGCACCGGGAUCUCAAACCUGAAAAUAUUCUUCUGGAUGCAGAUGGCCAUGUAAUGUUGACUGAUUUUGGCCUGGCAAAGCAGUUUGAAGAGAAUUCUAGGUCAAACUCUAUGUGUGGAACUUUGGAAUAUAUGUCUCCUGAAAUUGUGCUUGGAAAAGGCCAUGAUAAGGUUGCAGACUGGUGGAGUGUUGGAAUUCUGCUGUAUGAAAUGCUUACUGGGAAGCCACCUUUUACUGGUGGAAACAGACAGAAAAUCCAGCAAAAGAUAAUAAAAGAUAAGAUCAAGCUGCCAGCAUAUUUGUCUAGUGAAGCACACUCUCUCUUAAAAGGGCUCCUGCAGAAAGAAGCAAACAAGCGCCUUGGCAGUGGAUCAGGAGGUAGUGAGGAGAUAAAAGGUCACAAGUGGUUCAAAUCUGUCAAUUGGAAAAAAUUGGAGGCUCGGGAAAUCAAGCCAAGCUUUCUCCCUGAAGUUGCUGGGAGGCAAUGUGUUGCCAACUUCGAGGAGCACUGGACUAGCAUGCCUGUGCAGGAUUCUCCUGUUGCUAGUCCAAACUUUAAUGAGAAUCCCUUCAAGGGGUUCACUUAUGUGAGGCCUGCUGCCUCAUUUCUUAAAAGAAACACUUGAUAUUUCCAGGGUUACCUUUAAGUCUUUGCCUUAACGAUUUCAAGGAGGGUUGGAUAUUUGUUUUUCCCAGCCUAAUGCUGAGGAAACCUAUGUUGGGUAAACUACUUCUUUAAACAUAGAUAUUUUUCUAAAGGGGAACUAUACACCCUGUGAUGUUUACUUAUUUAUUUUUACCUUAAUUUGGUUUGAUAUUGUCAACUUCUGAACAAAGCAUAUUCAGUUAAAUUAAGUUCUUGUGUUGUGGA